GGCGGCGGCGGCGGCGGCAGCAGCAGCAGCAGCGCGAGGUGGCGAAGGAGUAAUCUCGGCCCGGGCGCGCCCCGCUCCCCCUGAAUGACGGGCGGCAGGUUCGACUUCGACGAUGGCGGCACCUAUUGCGGCGGCUGGGAGGACGGCAAAGCCCACGGGCACGGCAUUUGCACCGGGCCCAAAGGGCAGGGCGAGUACGCGGGUUCGUGGGCGCACGGCUUCGAGGUGGUGGGCACUUACACCUGGCCCAGCGGCAACACCUACCACGGGUAUUGGGCGCAGGGCAAACGCCACGGGCUGGGCGUGGAGACGAAGGGCAAAUGGAUGUACCGGGGCGAGUGGUCGCAUGGCUUCAAGGGCCGCUACGGCGUGCGCCAGAGCCUCACCAGCCCUGCCCGCUACGAGGGCACCUGGAGCAACGGGCUGCAGGACGGUUACGGCGUCGAGACCUACGGGGACGGAGGUACAUACCAGGGACAAUGGACAGGAGGGAUGAGACACGGCUAUGGUAUGCGGCAAAGUGUUCCUUAUGGCAUGGCAACUGUGAUCCGUUCACCCCUCCGGACAUCUCUAGCUUCACUCCGUAGCGAGCAGAGCAAUGGCACUGUUCUACAUGAUAUCACUGCAGACAGUCCUGCUGGAACUAGAGGAGGGUUUGUGUUGAAUUUUCACAGUGAUCCCGAUAGUGUUGGUAGUAAGAAAAAAGGCCUAUUCAGAAGAGGAUCUCUUCUUGGUAGUAUAAAACUUAGAAAAUCUGAAUCAAAAUCAUCAAUAUCUAGCAAACGUAGCUCUGUCAGGAGUGAUGCUGCCAUGAGCAGGAUUAGUUCUAGUGAUGCCAAUUCUACCAUUAGUUUUGGAGAUAUGGACUGUGAUUAUUCUCCAGUAGAAGACCAUGUUGAUGCUACCACCACAGAAACCUAUAUGGGUGAAUGGAAGAAUGACAAGCGUAAUGGCUUUGGUAUUAGUGAGCGUUCAAAUGGUAUGAAAUAUGAAGGCGAGUGGCUAAACAACAAGAGACAUGGGUAUGGAUGUACUAUGCUUCCUGAUGGCACCAAGGAAGAGGGAAAGUAUAAAAACAAUGUUUUGGUCCGUGGAAUAAGGAAGCAGUUUAUACCAAUAAGGAACACAAAAACUAAAGAAAAAGUGGAAAGAGCACUUGAAGGUGCCCAGCGUGCAGCUGCCAUGGCUAGAACUAAAGUGGAAAUUGCAACCUCCAGAACUGCACAUGCAAGAGCUAAAGCAGAUGCUGCAGAACAAGCCUCUCAGUCUGCUCGUCAGGAAUGUGAUGUUGCUAGAGCAGUUGCCAGAGAACUAUCUCCGGGUUUCUAUCAACCAGGUCCUGAUUAUAUUAAGCAGCGAUUUCAGGAAGGAGAAAUUAAGGAAAAACCAGAAGAAAAAGCUCAGGAAAAUCCUCCUACACCAAAAGAAUCUCCUCAUUUCUAUCGAAAGGGCACUACACCUCCUGGGAGUCCAGAAGAAAGCCAUAAGCAUAGCUCAGCCUCCUCUGCCAAGCCUUCUCCUGCAGAACAAGGAAGGAAACAGAAUUCCACCCCAGAAGACAGACUCAUUCAAGAAAAAAAGAAUUUAAUAAGUGAAAACAUUGUACCAGUAGUCCACAAACCUGUUAUUUCUAAAGCACCUGCUGUGAAAGAGGAAAUGAUGGCCAAACACCACCAAAAGUUGUCACCUCGCAACAAUCCCAAAAGCAAAGAGAAUGGGGAGUUGCACGAUCAUUACCAUGGGUAUUAUGUGAAAACUAAUCCAACACUAUAUCCAUAUGAGAUUGGGGAAGACGAGGACCAUAGCAACCCAUCAUCUUCAGCAGUUAAACCAGCAGCAUCAAUUCAGAAGCCAAGCCCCACCAGAGCUGGAAAUCAAUUAGAUGCCAAAGAAUCAUUAAAGAAAUCGGAAUCCUUUGCACCAAAGAAUCCAGCUAAUGAUUUCUCUUCAAUGGAAAACGAAAUCAGUUUGGGUCCUAAUUCAAUCAUGAUUGUCAUGGUAAUGCUCUUGAAUAUUGGCUUAGCCAUUCUUUUUGUCCAUUUCCUAACUUGAUUGGAAUUAAGAAAGUGAAGUCAUGACAACUAGUGGCGUAAGCCCACAGUUCUCAGCAGUUGUGUCAUCAGCCUUUUUAAUGGCACGAGUCAUGUUCAGACACAGGGAAGGAGGCAUGGAAUUAGGAUGGGACACGAGAAAUGUGGAAACUUGGAAAAUUCAGCCCAAGGGCUUUUGAGGUCCUCUGAAAGCUGAAGCAAGCAGCCACUGUUGGGGGAAAAAAAUCAUCAUCAUACACACCAGCUUUCUGAAGCACUCCAACAAAUAAAGUGUGUUGGUUACUCCAUCUGUCUGAACAGAGAGUGUAACUAAACUGGAAAUGUACGGAGCUGCACUUUUGUUGAUAGAACCGAACAGCUGCCUUACUAUUUUGCUGUCUGAUGUUUUUGGUGGGGGAGAUGGGAAAGUGACUGCCAGAGGAAUGUGUUCAGAGGAUUCUGUUGCUGUGGAAGAGAUUCCAGUAUUCACUCCUAUCUCAUUAGAAGAAAUAGUUAGCAGCAUCACUCACCAGUCUUAUUCCAUUACCUGCUGCUUUUAAAAUCUCUGCCAUUUUCUGGGAGAUUGCAUUUCAUUUGCUUAUGCAUGAUUUCUGCUCACUUGCUAUUUAUUUAAAGCCUUUGUACAGCAGUAAUAUAAUAAUGUUGACCAGCCUGGAAAACUUCACUGGUUUUUAACCUGUAUUGGAGAAAACAAAUAAAGCCUGUGCUAUAAGCACAGUGAGAAUAUUUCUAUAUAAUAUUUAUUUAAAAAUAUAAGUUAGAAAAGUCAUUUUUCAGGAUUAGCAGGCAAUACACUAUGAUGAACUUUAAGCCAUAGUUUAUAUCUUCCUGGUGAUGACCAGCAAGUCGAAUUAUUUAAAAUGCUGUAGGGUUUAUCAAGCUAUAACAGCAUGCUGAAUUAGCAAAGUGGGAGAUUUUGAGAAGCGUUUUGCCAGUUAGUCAGCAAUGUGAGAUUUUGCCCAGUUGCAUUCAAAUUCUACUAGGAUUAAAGCCUUGCCUGAUUAUACAGUGAAACCUGUUAAUUCAACUUAUCAUACAUAACCAUUUUUAAAGAUUAUACUUCAUGUUGAAUACAUUCAGGUAGAGCAUUUAAAUCUUUAACAAUGACUAUCAGCUUGAUGCCUUUAAUGUUGCUAAACAAAGUCUGUCAUCUUACCUCAGCCACUCAAAACUUAAGCCUCAAAUUUUAAUUUGAUUCUUUGUGUCAGUUAGAUGUACAGUCCUUUGUUUUGAUAAUGUGAUCCAUGUUUUACGCUCCCCACUGAAAUAAAUGUAGUAAAGGAGCAUGCUUAUUUAUUUAUCAGAAAACUGUACACGGUGUGAUCAUUUGGAAAGUCAGCAUUUUUAUUUGAAAUAAAAUUAGGACUUGGUUUUCUUUUAUUUUUAGCUCUUAGAAAUUAUGCUUUUCAAUAGAUAUUUAAUCCUAUUGUAUAUUAUUAUUAAUGAUUAUUAUUACUAAUACUAUUAUUUGCAUGGUUUAGUAGAAAGGUUUCUCAUAAUUACAUUAGUUAUCACAAAAGACAGCCCAUUCUAACUGAAAUGGUUUGGAAUAAUUCUCAAAAAUUGGAGCUGCUUAGUGCAGGAAAAUAAUAUAGUGGCAUUUUUUGCAGAAAUGGGUUGACAGUCCUGUAUUUUGACCAGUAUGGAAUUGAGAAGAACACAAAAAGGCAGCAAAUGAAAUGUAACAACUAUAUUUUUUUAAAGAAGAAAAACAUAGUUUACUUAUAAGUUUAGAAAAAAAUUUCUUUAUUAAAAAUCAGAACAUUAAAUUUUAACAAGCCUUAUGUAAACAUGCUUAUCUACAACAGGCCCCAAUUAAGUUGUUGAUUAUGCUAAUUUUGUAACACAAUAUUACAUAUGUAUUUAAAAAUCCAAAAAGUAUGGCUUUUGAAAAUUUAUAAAUUAAACAUGUUGUUUCUGUUUAUAAAUAUGAUUUAUAAGCUUUUUUAAGAGUAAAGCUCCAAUAAAAAAUUGUUAGUAUUUUUCUAAAAUGUGCAUUGCUGUAUUUUACAUAAAAGGUUAUUUAUAGUUGGUUGUAAUAUUGUACACUACAUUUUGGACAGCUUAUAAUCCUGCCAAUGUAUUUAAAUAUGUCACUUUGUCUAUUUAAAAUUUCUUGCUGUGAAUGAACUCUUUUAUCUAAUGAGCUGCUUUAUUUAUAAUUUCUGGAAACCAAAAUGGAUAAUGUACAGUUUUCAUAACUGUAUUUGCUCUAAUUAAACAAUAAUAUUGGUUACAAAUGUA